CCACAAACUCCAGAGAGCCCUCUUCACUUGCAGUUUGCCAUUUUUUUUUUUUGCGGCUUCUUCCCCCGACUGAAUCGAUCUCUCUGCAACUUCCAACCUUGCCUCACGAAAGCUCCAUUCCCCACAAUCACCCUCCAAAAAUGGCUUCGACCCCUUUCUCAGCUGCUUUCUCCACUCCUUCAAAUGGCUUCCAUCAGGCCAGGACGAAUCGGAACUCCUCCUUUUCGACCUCUUUUUGGUCUCCAGCCGCUUUUCUCAUGCCGUCGUCGACAAGAUCCUCGCUUGGUUCCUGUAAAUCGGCUUUUUUCGUCAAUGGGUUGUCGUUAUCCCUUCCAAGUUCGUCGCGACUUGGCUUCAGUUCUGGCUCGUCCGGUGUUUAUGCUAGAGCCGCCACUGAGAAGACCCUCUACGAUUUCACUGUGAAGGACAUUGAUAGGAAUGAUGUUUCAUUGAGCAAAUUCAAGGGAAAGGUCUUAUUAAUCGUGAACGUUGCUUCAAAAUGUGGUUUGACGACAUCAAACUACAAGGAGCUCUCGCACAUAUAUGAGAAGUACAAGACUCAAGGUUUUGAAAUUCUGGCUUUUCCUUGUAAUCAAUUUGGUGGCCAGGAGCCUGGUUCAAAUCCUGAGAUCAAGCAGUUCGCUUGUACAAGGUUUAAAGCAGAGUUUCCGAUUUUUGAUAAGGUUGACGUUAAUGGACCAGGCACGGCUCCUGUGUAUCAGUUUUUGAAAUCGAGUGGUGGAGGUUUUCUGGGUGACCUGGUCAAGUGGAACUUUGAGAAGUUUCUGGUUGACAAAAAUGGCAAAGUUGUGGAGAGAUAUCCUCCAACAACAUCUCCUUUUCAAAUAGAGAAGGACAUUCAGAAGCUUCUUGCUGCUUGACUGUUUUUCCGAGAUUGGAUCUCUCAGUGUAAGAGGAAACAAACUGAACGAGUUAGGAAUACAGGUUCUGUGGCACUUCUUAGCAUGAUGUAUUUGUGACAUUUGGACGUGCUCAACUGGAGUUAGGUUGUUCAUUCAUCUACAGUUGCCUUUAAUGGUGUUAGAUGGUAUAAAUAUGAACUGUUGUAAGGUCAAUAACAGCCGGACGGAGCAAUGACGCAUGUACUUCCGCUUGUGAAACUCGGUAUAGAGACUGAAAAUGUACAGAGCUGGAUUUAGUCUAGCGAUUGAACUUCCAAACCAAGGACCUUUUUCU